AUGGAUGACUUGCAUAUGCGUGAAGCAUCUAGACUGAGACACCAAGCAUCUACCCUGAGACACCAAGCAUCUAGACUGAGACACCAAACAUCUAACCUGAGACACCAAGCAUCUAACCUGAGACACCACGCAUCUAACCUGAGACACCAAGCAUCUAGACUGAGACACCAAGCAUCUAGACUGAGACACCAAGCAUCUAACCUGAGACACCAAGCAUCUAGACUGAGACACCAAGCAUCUAACCUGAGACACCAAGCAUCUACCCUGAGACACCAAGCAUCUAACCUGAGACACCAAGCAUCUAACCUGAGACACCAAGCAUCUAACCUGAGACACCAAGCAUCUACCCUGAGACACCAAGCAUCUAACCUGAGACACCAAGCAUCUACCCUGAGACACCAAGCAUCUACCCUGAGACACCAAGCAUCUAACCUGAGACACCAAGCAUCUAGACUGAGACACCAAGCAUCUAACCUGAGACACCACGCAUCUAACCUGAGACACCAAGCAUCUAGACUGAGACACCAAGCAUCUAACCUGAGACACCACGCAUCUAACCUGAGACACCAAGCAUCUAGACUGAGACACCAAGCAUCUAGACUGAGACACCAAGCAUCUAGACUGAGACACCAAGCAUCUAACCUGAGACACCAAGCAUCUAACCUGAGACACCAAGCAUCUAAUCUGAGACACCAAGCAUCUACCCUGAGACACCAAGCAUCUAACCUGAGACACCAAGCAUCUACCCUGAGACACAAAGCAUCUACCCUGAGACACCAAGCAUCUACCCUGAGACACCAAGCAUCUAAACUGAGACACCAAGCAUCUAACCUGAGACACCAAGCAUCUAGACUGAGACACCAAGCAUUUAGACUGAGACACCACGCAUCUAGACUGAGACACCAAGCAUCUAGACUGAGACACCAAGCAUCUAACCUGAGACACCACGCAUCUAACCUGAGACACCAAGCAUCUAGACUGAGACACCAAGCAUCUAACCUGAGACACCACGCAUCUAACCUGAGACACCAAGCAUCUAGACUGAGACACCAAGCAUCUAACCUGAGACACCAAGCAUCUAGACUGAGACAUCACGCAUUGAAGUGCACAUACAAUAUAUGA